CAUAAUAUUGGGUUUUCUGUGGUCCAUAGACUUAUUAUAUAUUAUAAUUUUUUAAGUCUAUGCUGUAUUGCUGUGGUCGAACGACCGUCGUUCACUCGUUCUACACUCUACAGGCUACAGCCCUGUACUUUGAAGUCCACGAUCAACGUCUCGUAGUCUCGUACUCUCGUAUACCACAAUCGGCACAACUUCACAUUUCCACUGGUUACUGGCCAUUGGCCAAUGUCUAUAAUAUUGAUAUAUGUCUAAUCUUCUUAGAAGUUUAGAAUCUGUCUUUAAGGUACUCAAGUAAUUAGUUUAAGUUAGUAACUAGGCACAGCCCCACAAGACGCAGACUUCUUCACUCCUUAGAUCUAAUAUCAAGACUCGAGAAUCCUGUUGUUCGAGCCAAAUUCUUAGUGUCUUUUGAAUAAGUCGUAACCAAGUUCUUUCAAGACGUCUUGUCUCGUUCCUCUAAUACUUUUUUGUGUUUUAUCAACCUCGGUGGUGCAUUUAACAAAAUUGUAAAUAACAAUAAGCCCACAAUAAAAAUGAUUUCUUCAAAAAUACUGUUUUUUAAAAACGCUAUCCAGCCAUCGUUUGUAUUCAGAACGUACAGAAACGUGAAGGCAAAACCCAAUAGACAAUUCAAGAAAAAUGAUGUCAAAGGCAACCCUGGGAGUAAUCGUAUGUUGGCCAUGGUUCUAGAUGGAGAAUCUCCUGACGUAUCUGACGUGACAUUAGAAGACAUUGAAGAUGGUGAUAAUGAUAUGCUCAAUUCGCAUUUAUUUUAUGAUCAGCACAUGAAGGAAAUUGAAAAUCAAAAAAAAUUUAAAGCAUUUCAGAAUAUUAAACGAAAAUAUUUUAAAAGUAAUAUAGUACAGCCUAAUUUUUUAACAUACUUUGAAAAACAACAAAUAAAAACUUUACACGAUAAGUCACCCAAAGAAUGGACUCCUCAAACAUUAUCAACAUGCUUUCCAGCAUCACCAGAAGUUAUUGUUAAAAUAUUAAAAUCUAAAUGGAUAUCAGAUGAAGGCCAAAAAAUAUUAAGGCAUGAUAAAUUGGUACAGCAAAAUUGGGAACGUUUUCGUAAUGGACUGUUCAAUGAUAUUUUAUCUGAUGAAUUAAAAAAUCAUUUAAUAAAAUUUUCAGAACGACGACCUACAUUAAUUACUCUAGAGCAAGCUGAAGCUCAUAUUCCUAAACUAGCUGCAGAUUAUUUAAAGCCCCAGGAAUUUGGUCAAAUAAUAACUAGUUACCUUGGUGAGCCCAAAAAUCCAAUUAAUGAACCAAUUCAAAUUGAAGCUAAAGAUAAACCAAACAUUGAGUUGAUUUAUGAAAAUGAUACAACAACUAAAAGUAGUAAAAGACACUUUACAUUAGAUGAAUUCAAAAAUGAUUCUCAAAAAGAAUCUUUUUCAUUUUAUAAUACAUCACAAACAUUGUCAACAAAUAAUAAAAGUGUUGAUGUAGAAAAAGUUGAAGCUAGUUUACAAGAGAAUACAAGAAUUAUUUCACGUAAAGAAGUUUCUGAAUACAUUGAUACAAUGAAUGAUUAUCCACUUGCUAUUCGAAUACCCAAAAGUGUUUGGAAAGAAGGAUAUGUAUAUAGAGUUAAUGAUUGUUUUUAUGAUGACAAUGGAGACUUUUUAUACAGAGUUCCUGGUUUAAUUAAAGAUGAAGAUAAACAACAAAAGCAACAAUAAUGUUCAAUUGAUUUGAUUUAUAAUUAUGUUAUCAAUACUAUAAUACAUAUUUACUUGUAUUUGUGUUUAAUAAAAACAAAUAAUAUCCUAUA